UGCAGAGUAGGCUUCAGAAAGUACUUCUGAGAUUACUGAGAGGAGGUAAAACAGAAGUGCUGUGGGUUAGAAGUGUUUUUUUUUUUUGGUAGUUAAAAAGUCAUUGCUAGACUACUGAAGUCUCUACAUUAGCAUGGGAUUUUCUUUUGUUCUCCAGUACUUCUUUCUUUGCUUAUUGGCAAGUAAAGGCUACUGUUCUCAUGGGCAGGGGUCACAGAAGUUGAAGACCUUUGCUAAAGGCGGUAGUUCCUAUGUUUGGAGUUAUCGGUCUGUGGCUGGUAUUGCACAACCUUCUGGGUACAAUGGAUAUGAUGGCAGUUUUCCUCAGUAUUGGGCUCUGCCUCCCUUGCCAGCAGUUACAGUACAGUGCAGAGAGGCUGAACUACUUGUGACUGUGAACAAGGAUUUGUUUGGUAUUGGGCAGCUUGUAAAGGAGGAUGAUCUUACUUUGGGUUCUGAGGGUUGUACCCCUUCUUCAGUGAAUGCCACUACUGCUGUUUUCCAGUAUGAGCUUCAUCACUGUGGGAAUACUGUAAUGAUGACUCCUGACUCCUUGGUCUACAGCACAAGUCUCUUCUACAACCCAACUCCUUCUGAUAAUCCUACUAUAAUAAGAACUAAUGAAGCAGUAGUCCCUAUUCAGUGCCAUUAUCCAAGGAGAAACAAUGUGAGUAGCAAUGCCAUCAAACCCACCUGGAUUCCAUUCUAUUCCACUGUGUCUUCUGAGCAAAGAUUGCAGUUCUCUCUGCGCCUCAUGAGUGAUGACUGGACCACUGAGAGGACAUCAAAUGUGUUCCUGCUGGGUGAUGUGCUGAAUAUUGAAGCAUCUGUCUCCACUGAGAACCAGGUUCCUUUGCGCAUUUUUAUAGAUGGCUGCAUUGCUACUCUGCAGGAGGAUGAGAACACUUCUCCUAAAUAUCCAGUCAUUGAUAAUUAUGGUUGCUUAAUGGAUAGCAAGUCAAGUGAUUCAUCUUCAGCAUUUAUAUCACCAAGACCUCAGCUAAACAAAUUGUGGUUUUCUCUGUCUGCCUUCAGAUUCUUCAAUGAUACAAGAAGCAUGAUAUACAUAACUUGCUAUUUAAAAGCUGCUGAUGCUACUGGGAGUCCAAACUCUACCAACAAAGCAUGUACCUUCAUUAAGCCUGAUCAUAUUUGGUCUCCAGUAGAGGGCUCCAGUGAUAUCUGCGACUGCUGCAAUACUGGCAAUUGUGGAGCCUUUGGGUCCUGGAAGAGGUCCUCUUUUGGCAGGCAUGUGAAACGAGACACUUCAAAUAAUGAAAACACAGUUGGUUCCGUACACCUUACACCAGUAGUAAUUCUGGGUAUUCCAGCUGAAGAGGCUGUAUAUUCAUCUGAGAGAGAAUCUCUCGUCCAGGAGAAUACAGAUGGAUCCAGAUUCGAGGCAAUUGCAUAUUCCGUUUUUGCACUUGUUGGAGCUGCGGCUUUGGGUAGUGCUAUUUUGUAUAGCUGCAAGAAACAAAGGGCAAAGACAGAAUCUUGAAUGCAGAUGCGCACUUUUUCUUGUAAUGUAAUAAAAUUUGAGUAUGGGGAUACUAA